AUGGCUCUGCUAUGGGUCAAGUUAAUCCUCUAUGGCCUCUUAUUUGGGGCCAUAUGCGGCACUGUCGCAUUAAUUCUCUGCAUUCGUGCUCUAUCAAUAUCGCAGAACUCCAAAGUUCCGAAGUGGCGACGAAAGAAUAGUCCAACUCAUCUUCUCGUCGUCCUAGGCAGCGGCGGACAUACCGCGGAGAUGUUCUCUAUGUUGCGGCGUAUGAAACUCGACCCCUCGACAUAUACUUACCGCACCUACGUCGUCAGCUCAGGAGACGAUUUCAGCGCUGCGAGGGCCGUGGAGUUUGAGACAGAAUGGUUGAAGCAGAAUUCAAAGCUAUCAUUUUCUGCCAAUGACAGCAACUCCGCAGAGUCCUACGCAAUCGUCACGGUUCCUCGGGCGCGCCGUGUGCACCAGUCUUACCUGACUGCUCCUCUUUCAACCCUUCAAUGCUUCUACGCUUGUCUUCUUGUACUUCGCGGCCGUCAUCCCGAGCAAAAGUCGCCGCUUCUCUCGCCAUACCCGGACGUUAUCCUUACCAACGGUCCUGCUACUGCAGUCUGUAUUAUUUUGGCUGCCAAAUCUUUGCGACUGUUUCACUAUCUGGGGUCUCUUUUCAAUAUCAAGAACCGCCAAUACAGGGAUAGCUCGAGAUCAUCUCAAGCGAAGAGGUCAGACGAUGCACCGGCACCAGUUCACUUCCAGCUGCGUACCAUUUACGUAGAGUCAUGGGCACGAGUCACAACGUUUAGUCUAAGUGGCAAGCUAUUGUUACCUUUUGCUGAUCGAUUUCUCGUGCAAUGGCCUGACCUAGCGGGGAAACAGGCCUGGAGGGGCAUGAGGAACACCGAAUAUGCCGGUACGCUGGUAGACUAA